ACUUGCCACCUCGUUCGAGACAGUGCGCUACCUAGCAAAGGAAAACUUUCCAUGGUGACUGUUUGAGCCGCCUACAACACCAGACGCUUCUUCCGAGCAGACUUCAAAAAGAAACGUGACGUCGAUCGAAAAACGAGCAGGAUGGACUACUCAUCGAUCGACAAAACAUUCUCGACGUCGAAGGACCUCUUCCGCUCCGUAUCCUCCUUCAUCCACGCCAAUCCCGAGUUAGCCUUCGAGGAGCACAGGAGCCACGAGUAUCUGGUCAAGGAGCUCGAGCGGGAGGGUUUCGAGGUUACCGGCAGCUACCUGAACUGCGAUACCGCCUUCUUAGCAACGUAUGGGAAAGACAAAGGUGGACCGACGGUCUGUAUCAUCUGCGAGUACGAUGCGUUACCGGGUGUUGGUCACGCGUGUGGUCACAAUCUCAUCGCUGAAGCCGGAUUCGCGGCGGGUGUUGCGGUGAAGCGCUUCCUGGAGGAUAACCCCAGCGUCAAAGGAAAGGUCGUCGUGAUGGGGACCCCAGCCGAGGAACGAGGAGCGGGGAAACAAGUUCUCAUCGAGCGCGGAGCUUUCACGGACAUUGAUGUCGCCAUGAUGGUUCAUCCUGCAGCUUCAGCGAACGAAAUCGCACCGCUUUUCAUCGGAUGCGUCGAAUUGAUAGUCGAGUAUCAGGGGAAAGCGGCCCACGCGGCCGGCUAUCCAUGGGAAGGAAAGAAUGCACUCGACGCUGCCGUGACCUGCUACAACGGUCUGGCCAUGCUCCGGCAGCACGUCCGACCGGCCUGCAAGGUGCACGCGGUCAUCAAGAACGGAGGCGCUGCGGCUAAUGUUGUGCCUGAAUACGCUUCUCUAUCGAUCUACUACCGUGCCCCGACCAUCCCGGAACUCGAAGAGCUGGGGAAAAGGGUCGAAGACUGCGCACGAGCCGGAGCCCUCCUGAGCAAUACCGAGGUUAAACUGUCGACCCCUAAUCCGAAAUACUUGCCGCUCCGGACGAACGCGACUCUAGGCGAACACUAUCGUAAACAUUGCGAAGCCGAAGGAAUGAAAUUCGACGAAGAUGAGAAACUGGGGAAAUUCCUCGCCACAUCAGACAUAGGAAACGUGUCAUGGCAGGUACCGACCAUACAACCCAUAUAUCACAUCGAUGCGAAAGGACCGAACCAUUCGAUCGAGUUUACGAACGGUGCCGGGGAUGACGCAGCUCAGCCUAACACUCUGAUCGCGGCCAAAGCAAUGGCGAAAACCUGCGUAGACGUCCUCCUUGAUCCUAAAGCAUUACAGAAAGCGAGAGAAGAUUUCAAGAAAACCCAAUAGGUAUUGAUGACUCAUAUUUUUCCGCUUGGCCCUGUUGGCCUGGACCGGAAUAAAUAGAAAAUUUCAUGUCA